AUGUUUUCCGUUCGCCUCGUAUUCCUGACCACUCUCCUUGUGGUACUGAUGGCCGGGAUGACCUUCAGUGCCAGAACCACACGCCGGCCUAAACCUCAGACCACCAGGAAGCCCCCUCGAGCUGGGAGCGGAGGUGGUGGAGGUGGACGAUUCAGACGGACCACCACCACAACCCCGUCUCCUUCCAGCAGCGCACACAACGAUGAGACAACUGAGGUGACAAUGGACUCUUACUCCGUGUCCCCCACAGACAGCACCACCUUCUCCAGCGAUACUUUCUCCACUGAGUUCCACACCGACGCCAUAGCACCUCCCGGGAACGCCCUUGGAAACUAUACCCUUGAUUACAAUGAAUGCUUCUUCAACGUCUGUGAGUGCUGUCCGCCAGAGCGAGGCCCCGCAGGGCCCAUAGGUGAGACAGGGCCACCGGGACCGCAAGGAGAGAAGGGCCCUGUAGGGUUACCAGGAGAGAGAGGAGAAACCGGGACCAGAGGGCCCCCAGGACUGGCAGGUCUUCCUGGAGCCAACGGACUCAAUGGUGACAUAGGUGAAAAAGGUGAUCAAGGGCCGAUGGGUCUUCCUGGUGCCCCUGGCACCUCGGAAAAACAAAGAGAGAGAGGUGAUCCUGGCCCCAGAGGAGAGAAAGGUGAACGUGGCUUCAUCGGUCUGAAAGGGGACCCUGGAGAAAGGGGAGAGACCGGCCUGAAUGGGACCAAGGGCAGCGCCGGGCGAGAGGGGCCUGCAGGUUCCCCCGGACCCUCUGGGACAAAGGGUCAGAAAGGUGAACAAGGACUUACACCCGAGUGUUUACCUGGUGAUAUAGGGGAGCCUGGGCCCCCUGGAAUGAGAGGUGAGAUGGGCCCCCCAGGAGUGAAUGGAACUGAUGGUGUAAAGGGGGAGAGAGGGGAACCAGGGCCUCCGGGAGGGAAGGGGGAUACAGGUGUCAGAGGGCACCCAGGGCCUCCAGGAGGGAGGGGCAUGGCAGGGCAGAGGGGGGAGAGGGGAGUUAAAGGUGUGCGUGGACCUCGGGGCCCUAAAGGUGCUCCAGGUAAGAGUGCAGAGCUGAUCCGCUCGGCCUUCAGUGUGGGCUUGUUCCCCAGCAGGUCCUUCCCUCCGCCCGGCCUGCCUGUGAAGUUUGAUAAGGUGUUUUACAAUGGGGAGGGGCACUGGGACCCGAAUAUCAACAAGUUCAACGCCACCUAUCCAGGGGUCUACUUAUUCAGUUACCACAUCACCGUGCGCAACAGGCCUGUGCGUGCUGCCCUAGUGGUCAAUGGGAUACGGAAGCUGCGGACUCGGGACUCUCUGUACGGCCAGGACAUCGAUCAGGCUUCCAACCUGGCUCUGAUGCAGCUGAACAAAGGCGACCAGGUGUGGCUGGAGACUCUGAGAGACUGGAACGGAGUUUACUCCAGCAACGAGGAUGACAGCACUUUCUCUGGCUUCCUGCUUUACCCAGACUAAAAAAACAAACCCACUGAUAAUGAAAACCUGUGACUGCCGCCUAUGACCUU